GGCCCGGCCACUUGGAGCAGCUCUGCCGCGGGGACUGCACUGUCCGCCCUGCCAGACCCGCCCCGACUGGGGCUCGCCGUCGCCAGCAGUCACAGCACUGCGACCUCGGGCCCUACGCCGGCUAUGGCUGCGUCCUGGGACUGAGCCCGCAGGUUGUGUGACCGAGAUUCCCAAAAAGACAGAGACUGACAGAAGAAGAGAAGAAGGAGGGGCGGGCUCCUGGCAAGGCAUUUGCUCCUGAACAGAGUCCUGCAAAGAUGGAGAAGGAAGAGGAGACAACCCGGGAGCUGCUGCUGCCUAACUGGCAGGGCAGUGGCUCCCACGGGCUGACCAUUGCCCAGAGGGACGAUGGAGUCUUUGUACAGGAAGUGAUGCAGAACUCCCCGGCGGCCCGCACUGGGGUGGUCAAAGAGGGGGACCAGAUUGUGGGUGCCACCAUCUACUUUGACAACCUGCAGUCUGGUGAGGUGACCCAGCUGCUGAACACCAUGGGGCACCACACGGUCGGCUUGAAGCUGCACCGAAAGGGGGACCGUUCCCCUGAGCCUGGACAGACCUGGACCCAUGAAGUCUUCAGCUCCCGGAGCUCCGAGGUGGUUCUGAGCGGGGAUGAUGAGGACUACCAGCGCAUCUAUACCACAAAGAUCAAGCCACGCCUGAGGUCGGAGGAUGGAGUAGAAGGGGACCUUGGGGAGACCCAGAGCCGUACCAUCACAGUGACCAGAAGGGUCACAGCCUACACUGUGGAUGUGACCGGUCGGGAAGGAGUGAAAGACAUUGACAUCAGCAGCCCCGAGUUCAUGAUUAAGAUACCAAGGCAUGAAGUGACUGAAAUCUCCAACACAGAUGUGGAAAUCCAGUCUGGGAAGACGGUGAUCAGACUGCCCUCGGGAUCGGGGGCAGCUUCUCCAACCACAGGCUCUGCCAUGGAUAUCCGGGCAGGUGCCAUUUCUGCUCCAGGACCAGAGCUCGAGGGUGCUGGCCAAUCAAAAUUCCAGGUCACUGUGCCUGGGAUAAAGGUGGGAAGCCCUGGCGUCAAUGUCAGUGCGAAAGGCUUGGACUCGGGUGGGAAAGGAGGGAUCCAAGUUCCAGGAGUGGACAUUUCGUCUUCUCUUGGGACUGGCUCAGUAGAGGUCCAGGGCCCAUCCCUCCAGAGUGGUGAUGCUGGGAAAGUUAAAAUUCCUACCAUGAAGAUGCCAAAAUUUGGUGUCUCAGCAGGCACGGAGGGCCAGAUACCAGAGGCAGGGCUGAGUGUUUCUGCACCUGAAUUCUCUGUGGGACAUAAGGGCGACAAGCCAGGUUUGACCAUUGGUGGUAACAUCCAGGCUCCUAAUCUGGAAGUCAACACUGAGGGGCUUGGGGGGAAGCUGAAGGGUCCCCAAAUCACUGGGCCAUCACUUGAGAGUGAUGUGGGUCUGAAAGGUACCAAGCUGCAGGGGAACAUAGGAAUGGAUGCCUGUGCUUCCAAAAUUGAGGGCAGCAUCUCUGGUCCCAGUGUGGAAGUUGGAAGCCCUGAUGUUGAUGUUCAUGGGCUAGGGGCCAAACUGAAUAUGCCCAAGAUGAAAGUCCCUAAAUUCUCUGCAUCAGGUUCAAAGGGAGAGGGAGUUGGCAUUGAUGUGACACUGCCCACAGGUGAAGUGACCCUCCCUGGGGUCUCGGGGGAUGCCAGUCAGCCUGAGAUUGCUAUUGGUGGGUUAGAAGGGAAGCUGAAGGGUGCUAAAGUCAAGACUCCUGAAAUGGUUGUCCAGAAACCUAAAAUCUCCAUGCAGGAUGUGGACCUGAGCCUUGGGUCCUGUAAACUGAAAGGAGAUAUGAAGGUGUCUGCUCCUGAGGUGAAAGGUGAUGUUAAAGGCCCUCAGGUAGCAGUUAAAGGCUCCAAAAUGGGUAUAGAGACACCAAACUUAGAGGGGACCUUGACAGGCCCCAAGCUCAGCAGCCCUUCUGGAAAAAUAGGGACCUGUAAGAUCUCCAUGGCAGAUGUAGACUUAAAUGUAGCUGCACCUAAAGGGAAAGGGAGUGUAGAUGUCACGCUACCCAGAGUAGAAGGGAAAAUCAAAGGCCCUGAACUUGAUGUCCAAGGCCCCAAAAUGGAUAUCAGUGCUCCAGAUGUGGAAGUUCAUGGCCCAGAAUGGAACUUGAAAAUGCCCAAGAUGAAGAUGCCCAAGUUCAGUGUCCCAGGAGUCAAAGGAGAAGGCCCAGAUGUAGAUGUGACUGUACCCAAAGGAGACAUCAGUAUUUCAGGGCCCAAGGUCAACAUAGAAACCCCAAGUGCCAACAUGGAGAGUCUCGGGGGCAAACUUACAGGCCCUGAUAUUAAUCUGCCUGAAGUGAGUGUCAAGACUCCAAAGAUUUCCAUGCCUGAUGUAGAUCUACAUGUCAAGGGCACAAAAGUGAAGGGAGAGUAUGAUGUAACAACACCAAGGCUUGAGGGGGAACUGAAAGGCCUCAAGGUAGACACUGAUGCCCCAGAAGUGAAUGUUCGUGGCCUAGACCUGAAGAUGCCCAAGAUGAAAAUGCCCAAGUUCAGCAUGCCUGGCUUCAAAGGAGAGGGCCCUGAAGUGGAUGUGAACCUGCCCAAGGCUGACAUUGAUGUCUCAGGACCCAAGGUGGACAUAGAUGUUCCAGAUGUGAAUAUUGAAGGUCCAGAUGCAAAACUGAAGGGUCCUAAGUUCAAGAUGCCGGAGAUGAACAUCAAGGCUCCUAAGAUCUCAAUGCCUGAUUUGGACCUUAAUCUUAAAGGCCCCAAAGUGAAAGGAGAUGUGGAUGUUUCACUUCCAAAUGUAGAGGGUGAUUUGAAAGGGCCUUCUCUUGACAUAAAAGGUCCAAAAUUAGAUGUAAAUGCUCCAGAUAUGGACAUUCAUGGUCCUGAGGGCAAAUUAAAAGGUCCCAAACUGAAAAUGCCUGACAUGCAUGUAAACAUGCCCAAGAUCUCCAUGCCUGAAAUUGACUUGAAUUUAAAGGGCUCAAAGCUUAAGGGAGAUGUUGAUAUCUCUGGACCCAAACUGGAGGGUGACAUUAAAGUUCCUGAAGUUGACAUCAAAGGCCCCAAAGUGGACAUUGAUGUUCCAGAUGUGGAUGUUCAUGGUCCAGACUGGCACCUGAAGAUGCCCAAAAUAAAAAUGCCCAAAUUCAGCAUGCCUGGCUUCAAAGGAGAGGGCCCUGAAGUGGAUGUGAGCCUGCCCAAGGCUGACAUUGAUGUCUCAGGACCUAAGGUGGACAUUGAUGUUCCAGAUGUGAAUAUUGAAGGUCCAGAUGCAAAACUGAAGGGCCCCAAGUUCAAGAUGCCUGAGAUUAACAUCAAGGCUCCAAAGAUAUCUAUGCCUGAUGUAGAUCUGGAGUUAAAAGGACCCAAAGUAAAAGGAGACUUUGACGUGUCUAUUCCUAAGAUUGAAGGUAGUCUCAAAGGACCUGCAGUAGACCUGAAAGGUCCAGGUCUAGAUUUUGAAGGCCCUGAUGCUAAACUUAGUGGCCCUAACUUGAAGAUGCCGUCCCUGGAUGUAUCUUCUCCUAAAGUCACUGGGCCUGAUGUUAAUUUGCACCUGAAGACACCAACAAUUGGAGUUUCUGGGCCUAAGUUAGGAGGUGGUGAAGUGGACCUCAAGGGGCCCAAAGUUGAUUUAGAAACUCCAAGCCUAGAUGUCCACAUGGAGAGCCCAGAUAUUAAUAUCGAGGGGCCAGAUGUUAAAAUUCCAAAGUUUAAGAAACCCAAGUUUGGAUUUGGUGCCAAAAGCCCUAAAGCUGACAUCAAGACACCAUCAGUUGAUGUGACUGUCCCUGAAGCAGAGCUGAGUGUCGAGACUCCUGAAGUAAGCAUUGGUGGAAAGGGCAAGAAAAGCAAGUUUAAAAUGCCUAAAAUUCACAUGAGUGGCCCUAAAGUUAAGGCCAAAAAGCAAGGAUUCGAUUUGAAUGUUCCUGGAGGCGAGAUUGAUGCCAGUCUCAAGACUCCUGAGGUGGAUGCCGGUGUUGCAGGGCCUGAUGCUGCCCUCAAAGUUGAUGUAAAGUCUCCCAAGGUCAAGAAAACCAUGUUUGGGAAAAUGUACUUCCCAGAUGUAGAAUUUGACAUUAAGUCACCUAAAUUUAAAGCAGAGGCUUCCCUACCUAGCCCCAAGCUGGAGGGUGAAAUUAAGGUACCUGAUCUGGAUAUUUCUUCACCAGGGAUUAAUGUGGAAGCUCCUGAUAUCCAUGUGAAGGCUCCCAAGCUCAAGGUGCCAGGCGUGGAUGUCUCAGGGCCAAAGAUAGAGGGCAACUUGAAAGGUCCUAAGGUUCAGGCAAACUUGGACACACCUGACAUCAAUAUUGAAGGCUCUGACGCCAAAAUCAAAGCACCCUCGUUCAGUGUUUCUGCUCCUCAAGUCUCCAUACCUGAUGUGAAUGUUAAGUUGAAAGGACCAAAGAUAAAGGGUGAUGCUCCCAGUGUGGGACUGGAAGGACCUGACAUAGAUUUGCAAGGUCCAGAAGGAAAAAUCAAGUUCCCUAAGUUUUCACUGCCCAAGAUCAGUGCCCCUGGUGUGAAAAUGGAAGGUGGAGGCACUGAGAUCUGUGGCCAGAUGCCCUCUCUUGAAGGAGGCUUGAAGUUUGAAGGGCCUGAUAUGUCUCUGAAAGGCCCAGGAGUGGACUUGCCUUCAGUGGACCUCUCUAUGCCAAAAGUUUCUGGGCCUGAUCUUGACCUGAACUUGAAAGGACCAAGUUUGAAAGGAGAUCUGGACGCAUCCAGUCCCAGCAUGAAGGUGCAUGCUCCAGGUUUUGACCUCCAAGGUGUUGGUGGAAAAGUGCAGAUAGGAGGAGAUGGUGUGAAAGUGUCAGGGAUUGAUGCUACAACAGCACUCAAUGUGGGGGCACCAGAUGUGACACUGAAGGGACCAAGCCUACAGGGAGAUCUGGCUAUGUCUGGGGACAUCAAGUGCCCUAAAGUAUCUGUGGGUGCUCCCGAUCUCAGCUUGGAGGCCUCAGAAGGUGGUAUCAAGCUUCCCCACAUGAAGCUGCCUCAGUUCGGCAUCUCCACUCCGGGGUCCGACUUGGACAUUAACAUCAAGGGGCCACAAGUUUGUGGAGAACUAAGGGGGCCAGGCAUGGAUGUGAACCUGAAGGGGCCCCAGAUCUCAGCUCCAAGCAUGGACUUCAACAUGGAAGGACCAAAAGUGAAGGGGGGCUUCGGGGCCGCUGGUGAAUUAAAAGGCCCAACAGUUGGGGGAAGCCUUCCGGGUGUCAGUGUUCAAGGCCUAGAAGGAAAUCUCCAGAUGCCUGGAAUUAAGGCUUCUGGGUGUGAUGUGAAACUCCCAACGGGGCAGCUGUCUGGUCCUGAAAUUAAAGGAGAUCUGAAAGGUUCAGGAAUAGGUCUCCAUGGGGCUGUCCCUGAUAUCAGUGUCAAGGGCCCUUCCUUUAACACAGCAUCUCCUGAGUCAGAUUUUGGGGUCAGCUUGAAGGGCCCCAAAGUCAAAGGAGGUAUAGAUGUUUCAGGGGGUGUCGGUGUCCCAGAUAUCAACCUGGGUGAAGGGCAUAUGAGUGUCAAAGGCUCUGGGGCUGAAUGGAAGGGACCCCAAGUCUCCUCCUCUCUAAACUUGGAUACAUCUAAACUUGCUGGGAACCUUCAUUUCUCAGGACCAAAGAUAGAAGGAGGUGUGAAAGGAGGCCAGAUUGGACUCCAAGGUCCUGGGCUGAGUGUGUCUGGGCCUCAGGGUCACUUGGAAAGUGGAUCUGGAAAAGUAACAUUCCCCAAGAUGAAGAUCCCCAAAUUUACCUUCUCUGGCCGUGAGCUCGUUGGCAGAGAAGUAGGGGUGGAUGUUAAUUUCCCUAAAGUAGAGGCCAAUGUGCAGGCUGGUGCAGGAGAAGGCGAGUGGGAAGAGUCUGAAGUAAAACUUAAAAAAUCCAAAAUCAAAAUGCCCAAGUUUAAUUUUUCCAAACCUAAAGGGAAAGGCGGUGUUACCGGAUCACCAGAAGCAUCCAUUUCUGGGUCCAAAGGGGACCUGAAGAGCUCAAAGGCCAGCUUGGGCUCUCUGGAAGGAGAAGCAGACGCUGAAGCAUCUUCACCGAAAGGCAAAUUCUCCCUCUUUAAAAGUAAGAAGCCAAGACACCGCUCCAACUCCUUCAGCGAUGAGAGGGAGUUCUCGGCGCCUUCCACCCCAACCGGGACUUUGGAGUUUGCAGGUGGAGAAGCGAAAGGCAAACACGGGAAGCUGAAAUUUGGUACCUUUGGUGGGUUGGGGUCAAAGAGCAAAGGUCAUUAUGAGGUGACUGGGAGUGAUGACGAGGCAGUCAAGUUACAGGGGAGCGGAGUGUCCUUGGCCUCAAAGAAGUCCCGGCUGUCUUCCUCCUCUAGCAACGACAGUGGGACGAAGGUUGGCAUCCAGCUUCCUGAGGUAGAACUAUCAAUUUCCACAAAGAAAGAGUAGGGGGCCUUGUCUGUGUGUACAUAUAUAUAUAUAUAUAUGAGAAUACAUCAGCCUUGGGUGUGUUUGUAUAUAAACGCCAAAGAGAAACACCCCAACAGCCUCAGCAAUAAUGCAAAGAUCUUGCCUUUAUCAGUGGCAAGGGCUGACAAACCAAGGGCCUCUAGGCCCCUGGGACUCUGCAGCUAGGUAAAGAGUUCUAAAUUCAUCCGGCCCAUGUGCAAAGUCAACAGUAUUUGCCUUAAGAUUUCAGUUUUCUGUUUCUUAUUUUUUCUUUUCUUUCUUUUUUUGCAUUGAACGCUGAGAGCUCGUGUUUACUAAGCAAGCUUCUGUGUUUAUCAUCCUUAUUUUUACUGAACAUUGUUAGUACCCGGGUAAUGGAAACCCAUUUUUUUUUUCAUUGUAAUGACUUUGGGGGCUUUUGUGAGUAAGGGAGGGUGAGAUUAAAGGUUGCAGGUCUUCAUUGCUCUGAAGGUUGGAUGUGUACAAAUAGCAGCCCACUGACAUGGCUCAGAGGAGGUGGUAGCCAGUGGGUGGUGUUUCUCAAAUAUCUGUAGCAUGACUUUUAAUCCCCAGGUGUGUUAGUCCCAGCCUAGUUUGGUGCUCAAGGUGAGAGGGGGAUUUGAAUCUGCAAACUGUCCAACCCACCAGGUCAAUGUGAAGGGCUUCCAUUCUGGGUUUGGUAAGAAAAGUGUUCAUUUAUGACUGCCAUGUUCUGAGAAAAACUCUGAUUUCUUUUAACAAAUGUCAUCGUGAUAAAGGAAAUGUCUGGCACUUUAAUGGCAAAUUAAUUGAGAAUGUAAGAAAGUUGAUGCUGUACAAGGCAAAUAAAGCCAUUUAUUAACCCUGA